AUGUCAGACUACUUUCAAGGGCCUAACAAUUCGGCCAAGCUCAAAGCCGUAACGCUUACGUUGCUGGCUAGUGCUACUAUCUUAGUCAUAUGGAGAAUAUGCUGGCGUCUCUGGAAAAAGGUUAUUGGGCUCCCAGAUUACCUGUUGAUAGUUGGUCUAUCUCUGAGCAUAUGUCUUGCUGGUUUCAACCUGGACCCUUACUUCCGAUGGGGCUAUGGUUAUCACAAAGAUGAUCUGCCGCCAGAUAUCCGGAAAGCCCUGACGCCUAAGAUUUGCUUCUGGCUCAACCAGGUCUUUUUCAAGGCGACAGCAGGCGUAAUCAAGCUUUCUAUUUGUACUAUCUAUAUGAACAUCUUCAACAAGCCUGUUCUCUUGAGUACCAAGAUCGCGCGAUACGCCAACUUUGCAUUGAUGGGCGUCAUCAUUGCUUAUUACACUGGCGGCACUCUGGUCUCGACAUUCCAAUGCAACCCAAUCUCUAAAGCCUGGCAAGGUGAUCUCGACGGCACAUGCAUCGACAACACCAAGUUUCGGGUAGCAAAUGCCUACAUCAACUCCUUCACGUCGGUUUUGCUCGUCCUGAUACCGUUUCCUGCCCUUCUGUCAACGGGGCAUCAGAGUAAGGAAAUAUGGCAAUUUCUCUUCUUGAUUGCCUUGGGACUUGCUCAUACGGCUUGCGCUGUGGUUCGCGUGGUAAUGAUCUACGUGCCGAACGAAGGGGCUGCUACUGAUCCUCACUGGUAUAAUACGACGCCGAAUACUCUCGCUAUGGCUGAGAUUUUCACGGCCGUCAUUGUGUCCACUAUCAUGACAAUGCGCCCUUGUUUUCAGGUUGUGUUUAGUGGGAUAGCGACGACGGUGACAAGUACCUCGCGCACGCGAAGAACUCGAAUGAAUAGCUCGGGAGUCAUGGAUACAACCACGAGCCAAAAACGAAAGGUCGAUCGUCAAGGCUUCAGCAAGAUUGGGCCGACUAAAACUGAGGCGAUGAAUAUCGAGUUGCAGAGCAGAGACCGCAGCACUGAAGAGUUAUUUGCACCUGGUCAACACUCCAGUAGAAAGCUUGAAGAAGCAUAA